AUGGGCAGGGACCCUACCAGGGACGUUGGCGCCACCAGGGGCUCUCCCAGGAUUAGCAGCACUCUCAAGAGCCCUACCAGGACCGGUGGCGCUCCCAGGGCCCCUUCCAGGGGCCCUCCCACGGACGAAAGCUCCCCCAAAGGCCAACUCAGGGAUUCGGGCACCCACAGGAGCCCUCCAAUGGGCGCUGGGACCCGCAGGGUCUCUCCCAGGGACAGAGGCACUCCCAGAGGCCAUCCAAGGGAAGAAGGCGCUACCAGGGGCCAUACCAGGGGCGGCGGAGCCCCCAGGGACCUUCCUAGUGACGGCAGCGCUCCCGGGUACCCUCCCAAGGGCGACCUCGGCAACAGGGGCCCUCCAGAGGACGGCAGUUUCUCCAGGGCCCCUACAAAAAGCGGCGGGGCCCCCAACGACCAACCCAGGGGCGACGGUGCACCUAGGGACCCUCCCUGGGACGGUGGCGCCACCAUGGACCCUUCCAGGAGCAGCGACGUCCCCAGGGACCCUACCAAGUGCCCCCAUGGGAUCAUCGCAUGCUUGCACAAAAACUACUGCACCCAGGGGCCCUACUGCUCUGGUGCUCCCAUUAGCCCUCCCAGGGCAGACGGGGAUCCUAGGGACUAUCCCAAGGGCGGCGGCAGCAAUUGGGUCCCUGCCAGGGACAGUGGUGUCCUCAGGGACCAUUCCAGGGGCGGUAGCUCCCCCAGAGACCAUCCGAGGGGCUUAGAAGCCCCCAGAGGCGCUGGCGCACUCAGGGGCUCUGCCAGGAGCCCUCCAAGGGACAGCAGCGCUCCAAAGGACCCUCCAAGGUACACAGGCGCUCAGAGGGGCCCUCCCAGGUUCGUUGACGCCUCCAGGGGCCAUGCCAGAGACAGUGGCGCUCCCAGAGGCCCUCCCAGGGAUGGCGGCGCCCUAGGUGCUCUGCCAAGGACAGCGACGUCCCUAGGGGUCCGCCUGAGGCUAGCGGCGCGCACAGGGGCUCUCCAGGGACAGCAGCGCUCACAAGGGCACUCUUAG